ACAGGCAGAUCCUUCGUGACCACGGCUGCCUGCCGACUCUGCUGCAGCAUCUGAAGUCUCACAGUUUGACCAUCGUGUCCAACGCCUGCGGGACGCUCUGGAACCUGUCGGCACGCGACGCCAAAGAUCAGGAGGCAUUAUGGGAGCUGGGCGCCGUGGGCAUGCUGCGCAAUCUCAUCCACUCCCGCCACAAGAUGAUCGCCAUGGGCAGCGCCGCCGCCCUGCGCAACCUGAUGGCCAACCGGCCGGCGCGCUACAAGGACACCAGCGUGGUGUCGCCGGGCGCCGGCGCCCCGUCGCUGCACGCCCGCAAACAGAAGGCGCUGAUCGAGGAGCUGGACGCCCAGCAGCUGUCCGAGACCUUCGACAACAUCGACAACUUGAGCCCCAAGGCGGCUCACAGGAAGGGGCGGGGCUGCAACGGCGCCGGCGCAGGAGGAGGAAGCACGACGCGCUCGUACGCCAUCACGCCCGUGCUGUCGAGUCCGAAGAACGGAGACGGGGCGAAGAGGCCGAGCGAGGAGGCGCCGUACGCCCGGCCGGUGUUCUCGCCCAGCGUGCGAGCGUCCAGCGACAGCCUCAACAGCGUGACGAGCGCCGACGGCUACGGCAACCGCGGCAAAACCAAACCGUCGUCCUCAGAGCCGUUCUACUCGUCAGACGAGAGCGGAGCCAACAGGUGCUGCGUCUACAGGAAGUACCCCGCAGACCUGGCGCACAAGAUCCGUAGCGCCAACCAUAUGGCCGAUGACGACGGCGCCGAGCUGGACACGCCCAUCAACUACAGCCUCAAGUACUCUGACGAACAGCUGAACUCUGGGAGGCAGAGCCCGAGUCACCGUGGCGGCAUCGAGAGCGACGAAGACGACGAGCAGGACGUCCGGCUGAGGAGGAGAAAUGACGCCGGCGACUCUGCGACAAGCGGCGGGCGUAUGAUGUCUGUACCGCCGUCGCGCUACGUUGUCGUCACGGCAACAUCAAACUACAGUGGCGACACGGCGAGCGAGCAGCCGAUUGACUACAGCCUGAAAUACGGCGCCGAUGCUCCUCGUAAGACUUUGUUCAAACCAGAAGAAAGCACCGCCGCCUCGUUGCCCCCCCCACCGGCCUCCUCCGGCAGCAAGCCCCGCCCCCCUCCUCCCCCGGCCAAUCGGGCGGUGCCAAAAAGCAACCAGGAAAUGACACAGACAUACUGCGUGGAGGACACGCCCAUCUGCUUCUCCAGAGGCAGCUCGCUGUCCUCGCUGUCGUCAGAGGAGGAAGAUGAGGACGGUGAUGUCAUCGGGAGGAAGAGGAGAGGCGGGAGCGUCGUCGGCAAUGGCGGCAACAACUACCCGACACUUCCUGUCAGCGAGAAGGACGAGCAGCGGCAGCAGAAGGAGGCGGAGAGCCAGACCGCUGCUGCUGCCGCUGCUGCUGCCGCCGCCGCCGCUCCCUCUGCACGAGGAAGGCGAGGUCAUCACCACCAUCACGGCCACGCCCACCAUCACCACCACCAUAAUGUGACUUCAUCGUCCGGCGCCAGGACUCCUAAAAGUCCUCCGGAGCAGCCGUACGCUCAGGAGACGCCACUGAUGUUCAGCCGCUGCACGUCCGUCAGCUCCCUCGACAGCUUCUCCACCUCCUCCAUCGCCAGCUCCGUGCGCUCCAGCGAGCCGUGCAGCGGCGUGCCGAGCGGCGUGGUGAGCCCCAGCGACCUGCCCGACAGCCCAGGCCAGACGAUGCCACCGAGCCGCGCCAAAACGCCGCCGCUGCAGCCGCCGGCACAGAAGAUUAAAGAAGAAGAAAAGUCCAAGAAGAAACACGAAGAAGAGAGCAGCGCCGACGUCCUGCUGCACUUCGCUACCGAGAGCACGCCGCACGGCUUCUCUCGAGCUUCCAGUCUGAGCGCGCUCAGUCUGGACGAGCCGUACAUCGCGGCAGAGAUGAAGAAGAAAGAGGAGGAGGAGGAGGAGGCACAUGGAGGGAGGGAGGAGAGGAAGGAGGAGGAGAAACAGGUCCUCGACGAAUCAGACGACGAUGACGACAUCGAGAUCCUGGCGGCGUGCAUCGACAUGGCCAUGCCCAAGUCGUCACGGAAACCAAAGAAACAGCAACAGGCGGCGGCGCCGCGGAAACCGAGCCAGCUUCCUGUCUACAAGCUCUUCCCGCCUCAGAACCGCGGUCAAUCACAGCAGAGGAAGGACAUGGCGCCACCCCCGCCGGAGGAAGUGCCGAGAGUUUACUGCGUGGAGGGAACGCCGCUCAACUUCUCCACCGCCACCUCGCUCAGCGACCUGACCAUCGACUCGCCGCCCAACGAGGAGGCGGCGCAAGCCGUCACGCCUGCGGCUCCGCCCGGCGCCACCCAGAGGAGGCGAGCGGGACUUCCUGAGGGCGAGAACGGUGACGACAUCCUGGCGGAGUGCAUCAGCGCCGCCAUGCCCAAAGCCAAACCCAGGAAGCCCGUCAGAGCGGCUAACGGCGAGCACCUCCAAGCCCCGCCCCUUCCUCCCCCGCUCCCUCCCCCCGUCCCGCCUCCACUGGGCCCGCAGCAGCAGAAGAAGAAACCGACGUCGCCGGUGAAGCCGAUGCCUCAGCGGGCGCCGUACAGCGUCGCCACAGCCGCCAAAGCAAAACCGGGAUUCGCCUUCGACUCUCCUCGCCACUACACGCCCAUCGAGGGCACCCCCUGCUGCUUCUCACGCAACGACUCGCUGAGCUCGCUCGACUUCGAUGAAGAAGACGGCGGCGCGGAGAAGGACGAAGAGGAGAAGAAAACAAAAGAAGAAGAAGGCAGGAAGAGGAAGCAGCAGACGGCGGCGGUUUUCCCUCGAACCAAACUUCCCUCUAAUCCGCCAGACGAGCAGCAGAAGUUCUCCAUCGAGGACACGCCCGUCUGCUUCUCCAGGAACUCCUCGCUCAGUUCGCUCAGCGACAUCGACCAAGAGAAUAACAACAAGGAGUUCGCCCCGCCGCCACCCGAAAAACAAGAUGGAGGCAAAGCCAAGUCCCCGCCCCAGCCGCCGCAGGCAGAGUCGAAGCCCCGCCCACCCGCCGCCAGCUGCUACGCCCCCAAAGCGUUCCACGUGGAGGACACGCCCGUCUGCUUCUCCAGGAACUCGUCGCUCAGCUCGCUCAGCAUCGACUCGGAGGACGACCUCCUGCAGGAGUGCAUCAGUUCCGCCAUGCCCAAGAAGAAGAAGAAAGCCUCCGCCGCCGCCCCCGCCACGCUUCCUGUUCCCAAAUCAGACGACAACAUUCUGGCCGAAGAGCAGCCGUCAGAGGCACCUCGAAGCCCCGCCUCCCCUGACUCAGAGUCCUUUGAUUGGAAGGCCAUCCAAGAAGGCGCCAACUGCAUCGUCAGCAGUCUGAACGCUGCCGCCGCCGCCUCGUCUCUGUCCCGCCAGCCGUCCUCCGACUCCGACUCGGUUCUGUCGCUCAAAUCCGUCGGCUCGCCGUUCCGCCUGCCGACGCCCAACAACAACGCAGACGAAGAAGAGCAGGGGGAGAAGGAGGAGGCGCUGAAGCGAGGGGCGAAGAUCUUGAAGCCGGGAGAGCGCAGCACGCUGGAGGCCAAGAAGAAGGAGGAAGAGGAAGAGGCGGCGAAGGCGCUGCGAGGCGGGAAGAAAGUCUACAGGAGCCUGAUCACGGGGAAGCCGAGGGAGCCGGCCGCCAGGGGCCGCAGCAAGCCCCGAGCGGCCGCCGCGGCUAAAGCUCCAGGAAGCAGUGACGGCGCCGACAGAGGGGCGUCGUCACGGGACUCCACCCCCUCGCGCUCCUCGGCAGCCAAUCAGAAAGCAGGAAAGCUGUCGCAGCUGCCUCGCACGGCGUCUCCAGGAAGCGCGUCGUCGUCAACCUCCAGACCGGCCAAACAGAGCGGGGCGGCGAGGAGCGGCGCCGGCAUCCCGAGGAGCGAGUCUGCGUCGAGAGUCGGCUCCAAGAAGCCAAAGGAGACGGAGAAGCCGGCGCUCGUCCGCCAGUCGACCUUCAUCAAGGAAGCUCCGAGUCCCACGCUGAAGAGGAAGCUGGAGGAGUCCGCCGCCGCCGCCGCCGAGUCUCCCACCAGCCCCGAUACACCGCUGCCGGCGAGCAGCAAGAGACACGACAUCAACCGCUCCCACUCCGAGAGUCCGUCACGGCCACAGGAAGUGACGUCAUCGCGCUUCAGCCGCACCGGCACCUGGAAGCGGGAGAACGGCGGCGGCGGAGGAAACGGCGGCAAACACUCGACCUCGUUACCGCGCGUGGGGACGUGGAAGCGGACGGGAAGCUCGUCCUCGGUGCUGUCAGCCUCGUCGGAGUCCAGCGAGAAGGGGCGGAGCGAGGAGGAGGGCGCCGCCCGCUCCAAAGGGACGUGGAGGAAGGCGAAGAGCGGCGAGUCGGCCGGGAGGAGCGGCGGCGAGCAGCCGGAGGACGUGUGGGUGCGUCUGGAGGACUGUCCCGUCAACAACCCGCGCUCCUCCUCUUCCUGUUCGGCUCGCUCUCCCACCGCCGCCAACGCCCCGCCCGUCAUCGACAGCCCCGUCCCCAGUAAGAUCCCCUCCUCCACCUCGUCUUCGUCAUCCAACCUCAACCUGCGCCGCAGCUGCGAGAGCCUCGAUGAGAAGCCGCCGCCGCCAGAGCGGCCGCAGCAGCAGGCGCAGCAGCAGGCGCAGCAGCAAGCGCAGCAGCAAGCGCAGCAGCAAGCGCAGCAGCAGGCGCGCGGGCAGCAGCGCAGCGGCGCCGUAGCGGCUCGCGUCAGCCCCUUCAACUACACGCCGAGCCCCAGGAAGAGCAGCGCUGAGGUCAUCACCACGGUAACGCCCACCACCACCACGUCCUCCUCCACCACGCCCACCCGGCCCUCCCUCAUCCCCACGCCCGUCACCAAGAAGCGGGAGCCGAAGGGAGAGGGAGGCGGCGGCAGCGGCGGCGAGCGCGGCUCGUACAUCGUUACGUCGGUGUGAAAAGAAACAGGACACAAAAUGGCCGCCGCAGCCGGGACACAGAGUGGAGGACGUGUAAAUAUGACGUCAGUGUUUGUGGACUGUACAGGAAGUGAGUCUGUAUUUAAGUGCUAGCCCCGCCCCCUCGCCUCCCUCCUCCCCUCUCAUUGGCUCCUGUCACCUGUCAGUCAAGCUUCUUCACAGAUGAACUUUUUAUGUUUUUUAUACCACUAAAAUGUGUAGCGCUUAGCCCCGCCCCCUCUGCCUGUCACCCCGCAUGGCCCCGCCCCCACCUAACUGACCGUUACCAUGGUGACAUAACGACGACGAUGAUAACGAUGUUUCUGCUAGCGUAGCGUCUGAGCUCGUUCUGUUUCACGUUUCAUGGUUUUAUUUUCAAGAAGUUUGUUCUAAAAACACAAAAACACAAAAACACUAAAACAUUAAAAUAUUAAAAUAUUAAUCCUUCAGUCUGAGCGAUUUAAAUCAUUUUAAGUUUUUUCCAUUAAACUGACAUUUUUCAUGAGUUUUUUUUAUUUUGAAUCAUUUUUUUCGUCUUAAAGCAAAAAGUUUGUUUUUAGAACAAAUCUUCUUUUUAUUUGGGGGAAACUUUCCUGCUCUGUCGCCUUGGAAACAAAUAACACUGUAAAACGUAAGUUAUUGCUGUAAAACCUUUUAACUUUUAACUUUGAAGCACAUAAUUUAAAAGAAAAGUUGAUUUUUGCCAAAAAGUUUCUGGUUUUAUUGACGGCUGUAACUUUUCACUGUUGGAGGAAAACGAGUCGAAAUGUUAAACAGAUGAUGAACAAUAAAGUUUAAACAUGAACAAUAAAGUUUAAACAUGAACAAUAAAGUUUAAACGUUU